CCUCCUCCUCAUGUGGUCAGCGUCAUUCACUAUUCAAGUUCUGUCGUGCUUAUCGUGGGGCGGAGUUUUCGGACUUAUGUUGUAUUCCAAAAUGAAGACCUCGAGAGACUGGCUGCUCGCACUCUUCGUGCUGUCAUUUAUGCUGUACGCCAACGCUGAUGAGAUUUUCUCCAAGUUUCGCUUUUACCACUUAGCCAAGGCGUGGAAGCCCCAGUUGGUCGCUGAGGCCGCGGCUUCGAUGCUCAUCGGCUUUGCCGCUACUACUUUCGAUGAUGUACGUCUAGUGGCUCUGAUACCGUGCCUGCUCACCUAUGCAUUGCGACAGAAGGUUACUGGCAACACCUUUACCACAAUGCUCGGGAUGCUCACCGGAGAGUUCCGCCACUCCCAAGCGACGUUGAUUAUGAUAAUGCAACUCGUGGGAUCAGUUUUCGGCGGAGCGAUGCACUAUCUCUUCAUGUAUAGCACUCAUGCUACGGCACCAAUGCUGUCCGGCUCCUUCAUCCCGGUGUUGUUGUCGACAGCAGUAGCGACCCUGCCAGGCCAGGCACCUUAUGGGAGCUCCUUAUCUAUUCUGCUACAGCCCCUCACAUUAAACAUCAUCGUGAGCCGUCUCACAGUGCAGUGGGCCGGCCUUAGGUCGGGUAUGUUCACAUCGUUGGAGGCAGCUCCUGGUGGUAUGGUAUUUAGUGACGCUCUGUGGGCAUCAGGACUGCUCCUGUUGUCCGUGGCUUUGGCUGCAGCAUAUCUAUUGAGCUCGAGGAACGUCGGCUUGGGUAUGCUGUUGAGCAGUUUUGUAGUGGGCACCAUCUCUCUGGCAACUCCCACUAAAGGGGCCCUCGCAGCCGCCGUGUUGUACGAGGCGCUGCCCAGCCGUGUUGCAGUUACCGUUGCUGACCUCUCGGCUGGUCACUUGCCGUGUGCCUUCCCAAUAGCGUUCGCUUCAACGCUCAUCGGAGGUGCUGUGGCUGGGCUCCUCUCGAAAACGACUGGCGUGCCUGCUGUGGCAGUGAUCCCAACAGCUGAUGGAGUUACGCUAGAGGCCAUCACAUCAGCACUAAUCGCCUUUGCCAUCGCGGGAAGAGUACCGCAUAAAUCCAUCAUCGUUGGAGGUCUCAUAUACUUUGGUUGCAUUCAAGACAGUCGAGUCAUCCCAACCGUUUCCGAGUUGGUCGGCUCCAGCGUUCAAGGGCUGCUAUCUGACAACCACCAGGCUUAUGCUAACCUACUAGGAAGUCGGCUCUUCUGGCAAUUCCUGGGAGGCUUCAUUGGUGCCGGGAUGCACUCCUUUUUACUUGGCCACAUUCAGACCGAUGCUGAACGCUUAGCUGAUAAGGAGAAAGAUCGACUCCGUCAAGAGAAGCAUGAUAAGGAGAGGGCUGAGGCAGAGGCUGCCAAGAAGAGGGUAAAGGAUUACAAGAAGGGUGGCAUUGAUGAUAAGAAGAAACAAUAAGUAGAUGAUGGCACAAGUUGGUGGCGUGAUUAU